UUUUUCUGUGUGUAAUGUUAUACACACAAGAGCUCUGAGGGCAAUGUCCUAACAAACAAUCUCUGCUGGAUUUUUCUGUGAGAUCACUCUCAAUUUAACGUUCAAAAAUGGAGGAAAUGCAAAAUUCAGGUCGUCCAUAUAACAAACUAAUUAGUCAGGAGGAAACCACUGAAGAUGAGCCUCAUCUACCAUCAAAUCAGGAGAAUCAAGUGACUAUGUCGACGAUGAGACCUGAAUCCAACAUGAAUCGUUACAAACUGCUAACAGCAAGCCUAGCAGCGUUAGCAGUGAUUCUGCUAAUGGUUAAUAUUGGCCUGGGAGUGUACUAUAACAAACUAAGUGAAAAUAACAUAGUGAGAGACAUCAGCGGAGAGAUAAGUAAACUUCAGGCUUCUUAUGACGCUGCAGUGCAAAUCAGGGAUGAAGUCAAGAAACAGCUGGCGAUGGAGAUCAGCGAGCAGCAAGUCAUCAAGUGGGAGCACGAACAUCAGACCCUCAGAGUCAAAGACUACGAAAAGCAGGUGGAAAAGUUGCAGGUGGACAUUGCAUCGCUGAAAUCCCAUUUACCGAUGAUAAAGGAGGGCUGCAGACACUGUUUGCCUGGAUGGAGUUUCAUGAGUUCAAGCUGCUAUUACUUCCCGUUUUCUGAUACUUUUUACCGCACAUCAUGGAAUGAGGCCCGGCAGUUCUGCAGGAGGCAGGGAGGAGACUUGGCCAUUGUGAACAACAGAGAAAAGCAUCUUGGAAUAACUAGGUUUCUAACAAUUAAUCAAGACCUUUCGAGACAAGCAUCGCAAAGUGGUUUCUGGAUCGGACUGAGAGACGUGGAAGAGGAAGGGGUCUGGAAAUGGGUGGAUGGGACAAGACUGACUGAGGGGUUCUGGAACGUCGGAGAGCCAAACAACUUAAACAAUGAGGACUGUGCCGCAGUGUACCCCAAAAGCAACCCAUUCAUGUCUUGGAAUGAUGCACCGUGCAAUUAUAACCUGAAGUGGAUUUGUGAAAUGGCACCGAGGUCUUUCGGAUAACAAAGUCAUUCUUUUUAAAGUCCUACUUUUAUUUGCUGAAGCAACAAUUGAGCAUCACUACAGAAACUCUUUUGUGCUGUUUCUUUAUUGUUUAUCCUACAUAACCUAUAAAUGGCAGGGAAGGUCAAACUACAAAAAUUUUGUCUGAAAAUACAUACAUUUUAGUUUUUUGCAUAACAAAUAUUUGACGCCACUAUACACACACGCCCACGAACACACACACACACAUAUAUAUAUAUAUAUAUGAAAAUGUAGCAAUUAAACAUUCUAAAAUUCUCCAGAAUUUUACAAAGAUUUGUGUGAAAUAAAAAAGGAGUGUCCUUCUGUGCAUAUCUACAAUACAUCAGAGUGGAACUUUAUGCAAAACAACAUUUAGAUUAAACUCAUGCAAUUUAUUUCUGGGAAACACCCAAUAUAUCCUUAUCAAACUAGAGUAAAUAUGUCAUCCCAUGAUUUAUUCUGUAAAUGUGGAUUUUUAGGUACCAUUCUGUUAUGAAUAAACAUAAAUGACAACUAUUGUUUUC